AUGGAUUACCUGCGCCGCCCCGUCGACUCGCUUCUCGAAACCUACCACCUCGUCGAGAAGCGGCAAGUGGGCUGGAUGACGAAGAAUCGCAAGACGGGGGAGAUGAUGCGCGAACAGCAGCCGCUCAUGAAGAAGAUCCAGCUUCUGCUCCUCUUCAACCCGGUCACGGAGUGGAUUGACUUCACCCAUGUCGCCAAGCUCUGGCUGCACAAGAAAACCGUGCAACAGAAGCCGAAGGAGGAGAGCCAGAAGUCGAAGCAGCAGAUCGCCAGUUUCGUGUCCUUCUACAACAUCGACAUGAAGGACUUCGAGCCGAGCGACAUCAACGCGUACCCGACGUUCCAGGACUUUUUCAUCCGCAAGCACAAGCCUGGCACUCGCCCCAUCACCGCGCCCGACGACCCGACCAUCGCCGUCAUCUCUGCCGACUCGCGCGUCGUCACGUACCCCACGGUCACGCUCACGAAGAGUCUGUGGAUCAAGGGAAACGACUUCUCGAUCGCCCAGCUCAUCGAUGACCCCGUUAAGGCCAAGACUUGGGAGGACGGCGCCAUCGCCUCGUACCGUCUCUCGCCGCAGGACUACCACCGCUACCAUUGCCCCGUUGCCGGCACGGUGUCGUGGUGGAAGGAGCUCGACGGAGACUAUUAUGAAGUCGACGCUCUCGCCCUUCAAUCCAGGGUCCCCAUCCUCUCCGCCAACGCCCGUUCGGCCGUCUGCCUCGACUCUCCCGAGUUCGGCCAAGUCCUCUUCGUCGCGAUUGGCGCUGUCGACGUCGGCACCGUCAAGCUCAACUCGAAAGCUAUGACGCCCGGCUCGACGUUCGAGAAGGGCGAAGAGAUCGGCAUCUUCGAGUUUGGCGGAUCGAGCAUCAUCGUUGCGUUCGAGAAACACAGGAUCCAGUUCGACGACGACCUCCUCGACGAGAGCUACAAGCAGAUCAUGGUUGACGUCGAGGUCGGGCAGAGGUUGGGCGUCGCGACCAAGCCGGCGUCGAAGUGA